AUGACUAUUGGAAUCGCAGUCAUCGGUAGCGGCAUCUUUGUCCAAGAAGCUCACCUCCCUGGCAUCAAAGCCAACGGUGACCUCUUCUCCCUCAAGGCCACCUACUCCCGCAGCCUAUCCUCAGCCCAGAAGCUCUCCAAAGCAGUCGAAUCCUCCAUCCCCGAUCUCUACGCCGAAGAUGCUGGCUCAGACAAAUCAUACGCCAAACUCCUAGAACGCUCAGAUAUCGAGGCUGUAGUCAUUGCCCUGCCCAUCCUCGCUCAACCCAAUUUCAUCAAGAAAGCCUUGUCUGCUGGCAAGCAUGUGCUCUCUGAAAAGCCCAUCGCAAAAGAUCUGGCAACUGCGCAUGAGUUGAUCGAUUGGUACAACAAGAACAUCGAUACUAAGAAGACCAUCUGGGCUGUUGCCGAGCACUUCCGCUAUCUUGGUCGUUUCCAGUAUGGUGCUGAGCAAGUCAAAGAGCUGGGAGAUGUUUUGGGCUUCCGUCUUCGUAUGCAUGCUUCUGUCGGGCCUGGAGCCAAGUACUACGAGACUGAGUGGCGCAAGAAACCAGAGUACCAAGGAGGAUUCCUCCUCGAUGGAGGUGUCCAUUUCAUCGCCGCCAUGAGACAACUCCUAGGCCAAGAGGCCAAAAUGUCACAAGUCGCCGCCUUUACAGCUCAACUUCAACCACACCUUCCUCCCAUCGAUACUAUCAACGCCACCGUCAAGCUCGCAAACGGCCGUUCUGGUACUUUCAGCGUUAGUUUCGGCACCACCUUCUCCGGCGCUGAAUACGUAGUCGCCUGCCAAAAAGGUACCGUCGAUGUUGGCUUUGACAAGACCAUCGUCAAGAAAGAUGGCAAAGAGUCGUCAAAGGACUUCCCAGAGGAUAAGAAUGGUGUGAGGCAAGAGCUCAAGGCUUGGGGCGAGAGUAUUUCGCGAGGCAAGGCCGAUCCUCUGCAGACUCCUCAAGAGGCUUUGGCAGAUCUGGAAGUGCUCGAGUCUAUGAUCAAGAGUGGUGAAGCUGAUGGCAAGGCUAUUGAGCUCAAGCUCCAAUAA